AUGAUCCAAGUGAUCCUUCAAGACUGUCACGCGAGACUUCGCAAGUACUGUCAGAGGAUCAACGAAGAGAAGGAGAAGUGCUUUGAGUUUAUGGGCGAGAAUGGCACCAAACUGCUCCAGCAGAGGGUGGCCGAACGAGCCCGAGACCACAAAGCGAAGCAGGAGGCAGCACUUGAAAUUAAGUUUCGCAAGCUACAUAGAACAAGCAGCCACCCACGGCACCAUGAGAGGGAUUAA